UUCCCUAAAAAAAAAGAAACAUAUCAUAAGAAAAUAGCUAUGGAGGUAACUAAGCUGAGGCUUGUUUUCUUCUUUUCUUUUGCCUUCAUAAUUACAAGACUAUUGGCAAAUAUUAUUGAAAUUGAUGACUUUUGGAAGCAACGUGAGCAAGAAGCAUGGAAUAUUACUCUGGCAGCUUAUGAGUCGAGCCCAGAAAACAUCAUCAAUCACCUCAACUAUAAUGUUGAUAAGGUUAUUAGAAAAAUUAGUGCCAACCAAACCAUAGAAUUUGAGGAUGAUCUUACUAACAACACAAGAAGAUACUUGAGAGGAAAACAUAAGAAGUACACUGGCCCAUGCAUGGCAACCAAUCCAAUUGAUAGUUGUUGGCGGUGUAAGAAAAAUUGGGCCAAAAACCGUAAAAUAUUGGCAAAAUGUGUUCUUGGUUUUGGCCACAAAACUAGUGGUGGAAGUAAUGGGGAUUACUACUUGGUGACGGAUAAUUCUGAUGACGAUGUUCUAAACCCAAAACCAGGAACCUUACGUCAUGCUGUGAUCCAAAAAAGGCCAUUGUGGAUUAUCUUUGCUCGUACUAUGCACAUCAAAUUGUCUCAAGAGCUAAUAGUUCAAAGUAAUAAGACAAUUGAUGGUCGUGGAGCAGAUGUUCAUAUAGCAUAUGGAUGUGGAAUUACACUUCAAUUUGUGCACAAUGUCAUCAUUCACAACAUUCAUAUCCAUCACAUUUUUCCAAGUUCUGGUGGCCUAAUCAGGGACUCUGAAGAUCACUUCGGUUUUCGAACGGUAGGUGAUGGAGAUGGGAUUUCCAUCUUUGGGUCAUCAAAUAUUUGGCUUGAUCAUAUUUCUAUGUCCGAGGGCCAAGAUGGACUUAUUGAUGCAAUUCAGGGUUCCACUGCCAUCACCAUCUCAAACUGCCAUUUCACCCAUCACAAUGAUGUGAUGUUGUUUGGUGCAAGUGACGCCUAUUCUAAAGAUCAAUUCAUGCAAGUCACAAUAGCAUUCAACCAUUUUGGCAAGGAAUUAAUACAAAGAAUGCCUAGAUGUCGGUGGGGUUUCUUUCAUGUUGUUAACAAUGACUACACUCAUUGGAAAAUGUAUGCUAUUGGUGGUAGCAUGCAUCCCACCAUCAUCAGCCAAGGCAACAGAUUCAUUGCUCCACAUGACCUCAAUGCCAAAGAGGUAACCCAUAGGAUCUAUGCAUCAGAGUCAGAAUGGAAAAAUUGGGUAUGGAGAUCAGAAGAAGAUUUGCUUAUGAAUGGAGCCAUCUUCAGAACUUCUGGGCCACUCUCACCUCCCGAUCUAAAAUUCAACCAGAAAGAUAUAAUCAAAGCUAAGCCUGGAACAUAUGUCAGAACACUCACUCGUUUUGCAGGAACUCUUAAGUGCAAGAAAAGGAUCAAGUGCUAGAUAUGACGUUGACUUUUACCAAUUUUUAAAAAAAUCAUGAAAUGUAAAAAAUAUAAGUGAUACAUGGAAAAAAAAUCUUCUUACACUGGGUAACA